GCAGGCGGCGGGCAGCGUAGAGUGCGAGGCUCUUUUGUUCGGCAGAGGGGAGGGCUGUUGCCGGGGCCUGCGGUACGCCGCUUCAGUGAGGGGCUCGCCAGCGGCCACCCGGCUUGUUGCAUUUCUGGGCGCCACUCCCCCGGCCGGACGCGACGCGCCAUUAGCGCGGCACCGAUUCCUCUCGGGCUCUUGGGCGCUGCUCUGAGCAGCGUCACCCUUUAUUCCAGAAAGCUGGCGGGCACUAUGGGGAAAAAACAAAACAAGAAGAAAGUGGAGGAGGUGCUAGAAGAGGAGGAAGAGGAAUAUGUGGUGGAGAAAGUUCUCGACCGUCGAGUGGUGAAGGGCAAAGUGGAGUACCUCCUGAAGUGGAAGGGCUUCUCCGAUGAGGACAACACAUGGGAGCCAGAAGAGAACCUAGAUUGCCCCGACCUCAUUGCCGAGUUUCUACAGUCACAGAAAACAGCGCAUGAGACAGAUAAAUCAGAGGGAGGCAAGCGCAAAGCUGACUCUGAUUCUGAAGAUAAGGGAGAGGAGAGCAAGCCAAAGAAGAAGAAGGAAGAGUCAGAAAAGCCACGCGGCUUCGCCCGGGGUUUGGAGCCAGAGCGGAUUAUUGGAGCUACAGACUCCAGCGGAGAACUCAUGUUCCUGAUGAAAUGGAAAAACUCUGAUGAGGCUGACCUGGUCCCUGCCAAGGAAGCCAACGUCAAGUGCCCACAGGUUGUCAUAUCCUUCUAUGAGGAAAGGCUGACGUGGCAUUCCUACCCCUCGGAGGAUGAUGACAAAAAAGAUGACAAGAAUUAACUCUCCUGAGUUCCAGCCCCUGUCGCAUCUGACUGUGGGUUUCAAGUGGAAAGGGAAGGAGUUCUACUUGUCUUGACACCAUAGAGGUGGCUUGAGAAGAUGUCCUUUGAAGAGCGAGUAUAAUUUCUGUGCCCCACAGCAGCCCAAGUGCUUUAAAGCCGUUCCAUGCUGUAUAGUUUGCACACCCAUCCCAGUGGAGGGGAAGGAGGAGAAGUGUUUCAAGGCAGCCCAUUCUGCACUUUGCUGAGAAAAGCAGAGGCCCUUCCAUGAAGGACAGAAUUUGCAGAAUGGGUGUGUGGGAGAGCAGAAAGAUACUGUAGAUCUUCAAAGAGCAUCUCCACAACCCACAGCCUUCUUCCCAAUAGUGUUAACUCUGCAUUUUUACAGCGUAGCAUGUGUGUAGUUUUUGGCUAUUACUGGUGUAUUAUUUGGGGGUGGGAGGGAUGGGGUGGGAAAGAAGGGAGAUGAGUAGGAUCAUUUUUGUUAAAAUUUGGGGCCUGAUUGGGGAAAUGGUGAAACAAUGGAAAGAACAAACAACUAAUGAUGAUUUGGUUCUGUGUCCAGAAUAUUUUAUCUUUUCAAAAAAUGUCAUUGGCAACCUGAAUGAGGACUGUGAGAGACUGUUUAAAAGCUGUGAAUGCCUGAAACUUAGAAGCCAAGGUGUUCCCUGCCUGAGAUUAAUGCUGUUCCAAACAAAGGACUAAGCCAGUUAAUACGUUACCAAAGCUGCUGUUUUGGAGAUGGAAGCUGGUUGAGGAGGGCAAGUCUUUUAUCGGGGCCCAUACACAGGCAGAUCUUCUGUCUCAGAGGUGCUAAUUCUGGAAAUUGACGAGAAGACCCUUUCUUUCCAGUUAUAAAGUUACACAUAUCAGCUCGUCCAUCCAAGCCACUGGCUGAGGUGUUUGGGGAGGGGCAGAGGGAGGUAUAGGAGGUGGGAGAGUAGGGGAAGACAAGGGCCCAUGCUCUUAGGGUGGAAAACUCUUGGAGCCUCUGUUUUUUGAACUUUGAACUCUGAAACCAUUGGUGACAGGGUUUAGUCACUGACAGCACAAGUUCAUUGAAUUACUUCAAGAGUUGAAUGAUUUCAAAAGCCCUGGUCUCAGGAGAAGAUUAGACUUUCAUACUGGGGCAGUGGUUUACUUUAAAACACAAAAGAAAAGAAAACAAAAAAAAAUUUUUUAAUCAUAAGAAUUGACUAAUACCCAAAACGCUGUCUUGAAUCAUGAGAUGUGUCAGUUCUUGGCAUCAUCUAGACUGCAUCUAGAGCUCCAUUGUGAAUCUUUUUAGGCAUGUGUUAGGUUUCUGUGAAAACUUUGUUAAGAUGUAAACUUCAUACCACACUGUCAGUUUUUGUCUUAAUAAAACUAUAGAUUUAUAAUCCUUGA